AUGCCCAACGACAUGACAACUAGCCCGAGCCUCGACGCAUUCUUUAAUGAGAGCGUUGAUGACCUUCAAGAUGACCACUAUGUCAUGCAUGGCACCGAGUGCGACAUUUGCGGCGCCUCUGAGAAGGUUGAUUUGAUAGAGAUCGUCAAGCAAGCGUCGUACGUUUCAGGCACAGCCCUAGUCCAAACCAAGGUCUGUCAGCUGCCCCACGUUUUCCACAAGCUUUGCCUAUACACUUGGCUGCACACAAAGCUUCACAAGAAUGAAGACGCGACCUGCCCUAUGUGCCGCACCAAAUUCAUCCUGAGUGCACGCUCUGGAGAGAUGAAGGUAUAUCUGGAGCAAUUACAAUCGCUCGUUGGAAGAUACAACACCGUGAUUGAGGAGUCGGCGCUCCAAAUGGAUCAAAUCGGGGCAGCGAUCAAGCGAGCGAAGCAAGAACACGACGAUUCGACCGACGAAGUAAAGAAACUCGAACUGCUCAACAAGUGA